AUGGCCAGCCCAGCUGUCCUGACUCCGGUCAAGAACCGCAACGCAGUCUUCUCCACCCGUGCCGCUGGCGGACGGAUGCCCUUGACCCCUUCUCCCCGCACACCGAAAACACAAACCCCCGAUGCGCACGCGCACGAGUCCAUCCACGGCGGCAACCUCAUGGCCCGCUUCCAGCGUUCCAUCUCCAAGAGCCAGAAGCCCUCCCCCAAGUCCAACAUCGCCCGCGUCAACUCGCCAAGAAGGCUCGAGCUCGGCGUCUCCGAGUGGUCGCUCACAGGAACCGCAACCACAACCGCCUCGACAAAGACAAAGACCCUCGUCGUCGUCAAGGCCAAGAAGGAGCCUUCCAUCCGCACACGGCCCACCAAGACCCGCAUCACAUACAACUCCGCUGACCGAUUCAUCCCCAACCGGACCGCCAGCGAUGCCAUCACAACGGUUGGCGCAGGCAAGGUCGACCGCGAGUCGCGACCCAAGUCCACCUCCAAGCCCGAGGGCUCCACAGUGCUUGCCAACGCUGCGAGCGCGUUUGACCUGGGCGGUCGUGGAUCCGAGGAGGAUGUCACCCUUGCGCUGCACAGCCUGAACCUCGGAGACGACGACGACGACGACGAGAGCCAGCCCAAGUCCAAGCCCGCGCCCGAGACGGCCGCGUACCAGUCAACACUCGCCUCGGCCUGUGGCAUCAACCAGAACCAGCGCAUUCUUGCCUUCAAGCCCGCUGCACCAGAGUCGUCCAAGCCCAUCGACCUUCGAUCGCAGUAUAACCGCCCUCUCAGGCCCGCUAGUGCUGUCAACGCCCAGAGCCGCCGCCGCAUUCCUUCAGCACCUGAGCGCGUCCUCGACGCCCCUGGCCUGGUCGACGACUACUACCUCAACCUGCUCGACUGGUCCUCUGGUAACCAGGUCGCUAUUGGCCUGGAGCGCUCGGUAUACGUCUGGUCUGCCGACUCUGGCUCCGUCUCUUCGCUCUUCGAGUGCUCCGCCGACACAUACAUCUCCUCUGUCAAGUGGUCCGGCGACGGCGCCUACGUUGGUGUGGGACUCGGCACAGGUGAGGUGCAGAUCUGGGAUGUCGAGGAGCAGACCAAGCUCCGCAGCAUGUUCGGUCACGAGACCCGUGUUGGUGUCAUGGGCUGGAACAAGCACCUCCUCUCGACGGGAGCUCGCUCGGGUCUCGUCUACAACCACGAUGUCCGCAUCGCCCAGCACAAGGUCGCCGAGCUCGUCUCCCACACGGGUGAGGUCUGCGGUCUGGAGUGGCGUGCCGACGGGGCCCAGCUCGCGACUGGCGCCAAUGACAACCUGGUCUCCAUCUGGGAUGCCCGUUCCCUCGCCGCUCCCAAGUUCACCAAGACCAACCACCGUGCUGCCGUCAAGGCUGUCUCCUGGUGCCCCUGGCAAUCCAACCUCCUCGCCACUGGCGGUGGUUCCAACGACCGUCAAAUCUACUUCUGGAACACCACCACCGGAGCCCGCGUCAACCAUAUCGCCACCGACUCCCAGGUCACCAGCCUGCGAUGGAGCACCCACUACAAGGAGAUUGUCAGCAGCGGAGGUUUCCCUGACAACAGCCUCAGCAUCUGGAGCUACCCCACGGGCGUCAAGAACAUGGAGAUACCCGCCCACGAGUCUCGCGUUCUGCACAGCUGCCUCAGCCCUGACGGCCAGAUGCUGGCUACUGCCGCUGCCGACGAGUCACUCAAGUUCUGGAAGAUCUUCGAGAAGAAGCCUGGCCAGCCUUCCGUCGCUGCCGCCGGCGCUGUCUCGACCAAGCCCAGCGCUACCAAGCAGAUGACCAUCCGCUAG